AUGUCCUUCUCUUCUUCUUCUGAAUACAUUCAUCAUUUAAUUACAAAAUCAGAAAUUAAAUUUGUAAUGAAAAGAGAUCCAUCCCAUUCAUUUUCUUAUUAUUUGAAAGCAGCAGAAGAUAUUAUCCAAUCCGCCAAUUCCUAUAAACAAGAAAACAAAUUCGAAGAAUCAUUUAUUCUCUUCACUCGAUUUAUUCUUUUAUUUUUAAAUAUCAUUCAAAAGGAACAUGUUAGAGUGAGAGAACAAGUCAUUUAUGUUGAAAGAUUUAAUAAUUUAAAGAAAUAUGCAUCCUAUGCUAUGGAUCAAUGUGAACUUUUAAAAAAGAAAUUAAUUGACUUGUAUCAAAUGAGUCAUGGUAAUAAUAAUUGUAAUAAUAAUAAUAGUAGUAGUCAUACUAAUAAUAAUAUUUAUAGUAAUGAUCAUACUUUUAAAAAUAGUCAAAGUAAUACUUUAAUAACAACAACCACUAUGAAUUCGCACACAAGUCACACGAUCAAAAAAACAUCUCUCAUUCCUGUUCGAAUUCACUCUCAACUCAUUCAACAAUUUAUACAAUUGGCUCAACCUCAUUUACAACGUGAUUUAGAAUUUUGUGGAAUACUUGCUGGAUAUCUAGUCACCUCGUCCUCAACAUCAUCAUCAUCCUCCUCAAGAACAACAUCAUCCUCAACAUCACCCAUAACACCAUUAUAUUAUCAAAUUUCACAUUGUUUCAUUCCCAAACAAUCAUGUACUGCUGAUAGUUGUAAAGCUCUCAAUGAAAUUACUGUAUUUAACAAACAAGAAGAAUUAGGAUUAAUUACAUUGGGAUGGAUUCAUACACAUCCAACACAAGAUGCAUUUCUCUCAACGAUUGAUUUAAAAACUCAAUAUGGAUAUCAAUGUGGAUUGGAUGAAGCCAUUGGAAUUGUGUAUGCACCCAAAGCAGUACGAACACCUAAAAUGGGAAUAUUUAGAAUUACGGAUGAAUUUUCAACAAAUCAGAAGGGUGUUCAUCAUGGUAUGGAAUGUAUUCGACAACGAUUCAGAGAAAAUAUUGAAUGGGGAAAUCAACAUGAACCAAUGAAUGGAGACCACCAGUGGUUUGAAGAAUGUUCUCAUGUACAAUUAUUAUUGAAUCAGUGUCAUGAUGAGGAGGGUGAGGAGGUUGAUUCAUCCAAUCUUGUGGAUUUGAGAAAUUGA